AUGAACUCCUAUUUCGAACAGGGCGGUUUCUACGGGGCCCAUGGAGUGCACCAGGGCGGCGGUGGUGGCGACCAGUACCGCGGGUUUCCUUUGGGGCUGACAUAUGCCCAACCUCACGCGUUACACCAGCCAAGACCACAGGAUUCGCCUUACGAUGCGUCAGUGGCAGCCGCUUGUAAACUUUACGCGGGAGAGCAGCAAUACGCGAAAGCAGAUUGUUCAAAGGCUGGUGGCGAACCACAGAAUGGUUAUGGUGGGAAAGAGGCAUGGGGAUCAGGGUUAGGAGCCCUAGUCAGGCCCGCAGCAUGCACACCUGAGGCGCGAUAUAGCGAGUCUUCAAGUCCUGGUCGAGCUCUACCCUGGGGGAAUCAGUGCGCGUUGCCCGGAGCCGCGGCCUCAGCACAACCGGUCCAACACCAGCCUACUAAUCACACAUUCUAUCCUUGGAUGGCUAUAGCAGGU